GUGACACUCCUCCCCUGGGACACGUGCAGGGAGACUUGUGUUCAUCUUGCCACCACUUGGCAGAACGUGGGGAGUGCUGGUGGGCAGCAGCUGCACCUGCAGGGUGCUCGUACCUGCCAGAGCUCAUGGAACACAAACUGCUGACAUCUGCAGGGAAAACCUGCAAACGUCUUUGCCUUGGGGCUCUGUGGGUGCUGCAGAGGGCGGGAGCGGCUGUCCCUGGGUGGAGCUGAGGUGGCACUGGCAGGGGCUGAGCCUGCCUGUGGAGGGCAGGAGGCGCCCAGGGCUCUGGCACAUGAGACGUGCCCGCUGCCCUCACCGUGGGGCCAGCCUGGGCUGGUGGCCGUGUGACGCAGUGGCCCGUGCCAGGUGUCACAGGCAGCAGUGGCUUCACGCCGGCUGAGCUGGUGGCCGUUGCCUGUGACAGUCUGCUGUCCUUCCGCCCCAGCUGCGCUGCAGCCACCUCUGCCCCGCUCCCUGGGGACACACACGCCUCCUGCCCGCAGCCACCCACCAGGGCUGCCCACGGCUGCUGCUCCUCAGGUGGCCCUGGCCAAGAGGGAGGCCAGCUCCCAGCCCCUGCUGCAAGUUAUGCUGAGAGCCUGCCCAGUCAUUCCUGUCCCCGUGAUGGAGCUGCACCUUUCCUUCUGUUCCUUCUGUGAUGGGACAGCUACCUCCCAUUGUCCCUUCUCCCCGGUGUCCCCCAGCCUGCUGCCUCCCCAGGGCAUCCUUGGCACGGUGUGGCUCAGGCUCCUGGGCUGCUGCAUGCCUGGCAGCAGAGGGCCUGAGUGUGAGACCGCAGGGAAACCUCUCUGCUCCUCCCAGCAGCCAGGAGAGAUGGUCAGCGAUGCCCAGGGUGUGGGGUGAGCUGUGGGUGUGCUGGUGCAGCUGAAGGAAAUGGGCUGUCACCCCCUCCCUGAAGCCCAGCUGCAGCAGAGCGAGCAGCCCCAGGGAGCUGAGUCCCUGAGCCCCCCGUGUCAUUUACAUACACCCCGCCAGUGGCACGGCACAGCAGCCGGGCUCUUGCAGCACUCCAGAGCUGCUCUGAAGCAGCCUCCCUUGCUCUGCCUCCUGCCAUGGCCCUGGCAUUCACAGUCCUGCUCCUGCUGGGGACGCUGGGCACAGCCCGGGCAGAGCGCUCGGCUCUUCUGCACCCUGAGCCCGCAGUACAACAUCAGCCACUUCGGCAUCUCCUGGUACCAGCAGCGCCCGGGGCACUCCCUCCAGUACCUGCUCUAUUACAACUCCGAGCGGGACAAGCACAAGCCUGCCGGGACUCCCGAGCGCUUCUCGGCCACCAAAGACCUCGCCAGCAACGCCUGCAUCCUCACCAUCGCAGCCGCCUGCCAGGACGACAACGGCACCUACUACUGCGCCCUGUCCCCCGCCCUCAGGUGGCUCUAGGGAGGCACCUGCAGCUUUCUGCACUUCCUUGCCACCCUCUCCCAGCAGGGAGAGCAGCAGCCCUGGGAGGGAUGGGGAAAAUCCAUCUUGGCACGCUUGAGCUUGCCGUGUGCUGGGCAGUGCAGCAGGCUCCUCUCUGUGCCCGGGUGUCCCUCACGGGGCAGCGACAGCCGGGCACGGAGCGGCCAGGGCAGCCUCGGCCCGGCUGCGGCUUCAUACAAGCUUAAAUAAAGGCGAUAAAGGCGAUAAAGGCUGAUCUCGGCCCACGGCCCGUGUGGUGUCCCCGGAGGGCAGGCAGGAGCAGCUGCGGGCCGGGCGGGGUCCCUGGGCCGGGGGGAGCCCUCACCCAGCCCUGGAGCAGCCCCUGCUCCCACAGCACAGCUCCUGAGGAGACAGGGACACGCGGAGACUCUCUGUGAGGACGUUUUCUCACAGAAGAUGAAAACUUUUCCCACAGAAUUCCCACAGAACUGGGGAAAAUACCGGGAGGCCGCACUGCGCAUGCUCAGCUGGGCGCGCGCCCUGCAGCGGGAGUUAAGCCCCAAAUACGGGCUCUGCUGUCACGUGA